UGUGUGUGUGUGUGUGUGGGGUGGGGUGGGGGGCGCUCACGCGUGCCCGAGUGCGUAUUUUUGUGUGUCACUAUGAGUCUCGUCUCGGGCUUCCCUCACCACCCGGUCAUGCACCAUCACGACAGCCACCACUAUUCGCUGCAUGCGGCGGCGGCCGGUCGGUGUCACGAAGACACCGGUGCUCCACCGUACUUCACAAGCUGGUUGAUAAGUCACGCGGAUAUGUCACCUACAGAGUAUAGCCUUGCGCCCGGCUACAGCCCGGAGUACCAUGGCAACAGCGGCAGUGGGUCAACCGUCGGACUGGACCCACACCAUCACCACUACUAUGGCCCUGGAGGGUUAGUUCCAGGACCCGGCACCAUCUCGAUGAACGGAACCACGGUCGGUAUGCACCAUCAUCACCACACUCAUCCUCGGACCGUGAAGCGAAGACCAACGGCCAAUCGCAAGGAAAGGCGGCGGACCCAGAGCAUUAACUCAGCUUUCGCGGAGCUGAGGGAAUGUAUCCCUAACGUCCCGGCCGACACCAAGCUGUCCAAGAUCAAGACGCUGCGCUUGGCCACCAGCUACAUCUCUUACUUAAUGGACAUCCUAGACAAGGACGAACAACACGGAGACACCCAGGCUUUCAAGGCCGAGCUAAAAAAGACGGAGGCUCGGGAAGAACGGCGGAAAAGAGAGGCGGUGGAGAUCUCGAAGACUUCGUCCUCCAACUCCUCGUCGUCCUCCUCGUCAGCGGGCGAUAAGAAAAGUAAGGGGCGGACGGGAUGGCCUCAGCAUGUCUGGGCUCUGGAACUGAAGCAGUAGUCCGUCUCUGCCUCAAUGUCUCCUGUCGCAGGUUGACAGCACUCCUUCCUUUCUCAAGCUCGGCCGUCGAACUGCGAAUAGGAGAGAGCGUCCAGGCGAACUGAAACGGGAGUCGGCCUGGCUUCCUAAGGUUGUCGAGGCUUCCCUCACAAACAGUAGCUACAGAGACGCUGCGUGAGGCUCUGUUCAGGUGUGACGCGAAGGCAAUGACAGUUUGCUGUAAUUUAGGAUUAACACACACACACACACACACACACACAC